GUAAUCACUUUUCCACAGCAUAAAUAUCCAAAAUAGACCGACGGAUCACCACUUUUGUCUUCCACGUUAACAGGAUGCGCACCUUCGCCUUCGCCGCCGUCGUUUGCAUGACCCUCGUGGUCGCCUCUGCAGUGAUCCCCACUGAGAGGAAGGAGAAGUCCGAGAAGCUGCGUGGUGAGUGCAGGGAAGAGCACAGUGUCACCAAGGAGGAACUGCAAAUCUUGAAGGACAAGAGUGCCACCUACCCCGAAAAGGUCCAGUGCUACCUGAAGUGCGUUGGCGAGAAAUAUGGACUGUACGUUGAUGGCAAGCUGUCUGACGAAAAGGUCGAGUCUGAGUUGAGGGCCGAAAACCCCACCAAGGCCGAAUCUCUCAUUGAGCACUACGGUCACUGCAAGGGCGAGACUGGAGCCAACGACUGCGAGACCGCUGCCAAGAUCUACAAUUGCAUCGUCAACCACACCGAUGGACACUAAUAAAAAAUAAUUAUAUGCAGCAGAAGUAAAUAAAAUUGGCAUUAUCCCUUUAAAAUGGA